CGGCGUAGCGGCCCUUCCACGACGUCCACGACAACGGCGAGGCUGAGCCUGCGUCGUACACUAUCAUGGCGCGGUUAUGUCAGAAGAUUCUAGCCUGCUUCUUGCUGUUCUCCAGUGCAGUCAAUGCCCUUCACUUCUAUCUCGACGCCAACGAGAAGCGGUGUUUCAUCGAGGAACUACCAACAGACACCGUGGUGGAAGGUCACUAUAAGGCCUUAGAGUGGUCUGAUGACGAGAAGAAGUAUUUCGUUAACGAUAAACUGAACAUCCUCGUUCAGGUUGCGGAAAUGGACAGCGGACAUGAGGUCGUUCGUACGAAUGGCCCCUCAGAAGGUCGCUUCACCUUUACAUCACACGAGUCGGGCGACCAUUCCAUCUGCCUCUCUACCAAUGACCCCAAUGGCUCCGGAUGGUUCAGCAGUACCCACAUUCGAAUGUACCUUGAUGUCGUCGUCGGUUCCACCAAGCCCGACGUUGAUCACGACCGGGGCCAUAUCUCAGAACUCGCAUCCAAGGUUCGGGACCUGAACCAGAAGCUGGAGGAUAUACGCCGCGAACAACAAUACCAGCGUGAGCGAGAGGCGGACUUCAGGAAUCUCAGCGAAGCCACGAAUUCCAAGGCAGUCUGGUACAGCCUCAUACAGAUCAUCGUCCUGGUCGCGACGUGCUUCUGGCAGUUAACGCAUCUGAGACGAUUCUUCGAAGACAGAAAGGUCCGAUGAUCGAUGAGCUCGACUUUCGUCUUCCGCGUACGGGCAUCCGGACGGUCAUGUAUCCUCAUACAUUAAUCGAAGCACAGCUGUAUUUAUGGAUGGUGUUCCCGGGGCUCGUUUCUCUGCGGCGGCAGUCUCUCGAGCCCUGGCGGUGGAUACAGUCUCGAUCUUCGC